AGAAUUCAGGUCAAUGAAAAUGUCUCUAGUCACACAAGAGAUAAGGGCUAGUGCAUCAGAAAUUUACAAUGAGAAAGAGUUGUGCCAAGUGAAAGCAAAAGUGUUUCUUAAAGAAGUUGGGCUGCCAGAUUGCCUACUUCCAUUGGAAGACAUCGAGGAAUGCGGAUUCGUGAAAGAAACUGGCUUUAUUUGGCUUAAACGGAAGCAAAAGAUUGUGCGAAAGUUUGAAAAGAUUGACAAGCUUGCCCAAUAUGCAGCUGAAAUCACAGCCUAUGCUGAACCAAAGAAGUUAAAGUCCGUGACUGGACUGAAGGCCAAGGAGCUCUUCUUGUGGGUUACUGUGAGUGAUGUAGAAGUUGAAGAUGCUCCAACUGGAAAGAUCUCUUUCAAGUCUCCUCUAGGGCUGACAAGAACUUUCCCGCGGUCGGCUUUUGAGGUGGCGGAAGCUGAAGAGGUUAAGACAACAAAGAAUGAUAGAACUGACAAUGAAGUGAAAUCAAGGGUUUAAGUUUGCGAUUCAUAUAUGGCAACUUGAACAUUCAUAAGGGUGAUUGCGGUGUUAUACUACUCUAUGUUCUCAAUGAAGCAAUAGAGUUUCUUCUGAUAAAAUUGCAUUAAUUGAAUGGUAAAUCCAUCGUUUGGGUUGCGUAGCAAAACUACCACUCACUCUUUGCUGCCUUCCAUGCACUAAAGUAUAUAUAGGUCGUGUCUCACAAUCCAAUUCAACACUUAAAUUUAUGAA